AUUGGGCAGAACGGAGGUGGUGUACAACGUCCCCGUGGAUCCGCCGAAUAAAAAGGGCAAAAAGGAGAAAGAGGAGGGCGAUUGGUUCGUGCAAGUGCCAGACCCGGACGCGCAUUGUUGGAAACCAAUGGAAUCACUCACGGACAAUAAGAAGUGCUGCGUUCUGAAAAAGGUGCUUGCUUGCGAGGUCGUCUGGGUCCAGGCCGGUUCCCCGUCGUUGGCGAAGUUGGGAAAGUUCAGCGUUCAGGACAUGGUGCAGCUGGUCAAGUACGACCGCGUGCUGGUCCGGCUGUGGAAUUACUACCAAUUCAAGUACGAGAAGAGGUCGGACGGGGACUGGAUCCAAAGGUACCCUUUUCUGAGAUCGAGGUCUGCCGUGUUCAAGAAGUUUGAAGGUCAGGGAUUGGAUGACGACUUGUGGGAUAACAGCAGGAAACACGUUUCCGACUCGGCGCUGUUCAAGGACUGCCCGCCGUACAUGGGCUGCGACCAGGACAACUCGAUUGAGGUGACGGAGAAGUUGGCGGGCCACAAGAAGUUGUCCGUCGACUGGAGAAACAAGGUUCUCUCCGUGUUGAAUGGAAGCAGACUGAAGAGCCGGGAAGUCGCACUUGCGGAAGGCGUCGUUCACAUUAAAUGGAAAGACACGGGGGACGUGACAUCCAUCGUGCCGUUCACCAACGACCCUUUAGAGGCGGACAUCAGGGGCGCAGGGCUGAACGAGGCAGUGGGUGCCACAAAGAGCCACACGUUCGUCCUCAAUCUGUGCGAGCCGUCGCUGUACUUCGUGGAGUCUGAGGAGCAGUUGAAGUUCGCCAGUUACGCUUCCCUGAUCUCCACUGAGGACAAGGAAGCUACAGGUGUGGAGUUUGUCGCCAACGCGAAGGAGGAGGAGAGCGACACCGAGAGCAUUGAUCUGCAGUACGACCCACCUCCGGCGGACCACGGCAGAGGGUCAUCGUCGGCCGGUCCAUCAACGAGCGCUGCAGCCCUCGUGUCACCGUCGGCCAAACCGCCGCCAGGCACCACGCCGAUGAAGUUGCUGGAGAGACUCAGAGCUCUGGCCGUCCCCUCGCCCCCUUUGCGUCCCGGGUCCGUCGUCUUGCCCGAUCAUCUGUCUUGGAAGGAUGACAACAUUCACUUCCAGUUCCUGCUUGAACCACAACGACAAGUGCUGGUUGGAAUUGACGGAGGACUAAUACGAGCUCGACACGAAUCCGUCGAAGGGCGUGGUGGACUGGAAAGUGCCCCCUCCCAGUGGGCCGAACGGUGGUUUCGGGGGGGGGGUCACCUGGAAGCGGAGGGGAUGGGGGUGGCGACGCCGCCUAUGGGGGAGAGAAGGUCUCACGGCCGCAACAUGACACCGGGAGGCAGCGCCGGGUUGGCGGGUUUCGCCGUCGACCGGACUCUGACAACAAGCACCCGGCCCGAGCAUACGACACACUCCGCCGACUCCCCAACUUCGUUCGUGGGCUCAACGAGGGACACGUUGGCAGCCUUGGUUGCUCUGGGCAGUCGCUCGGCCGGAAAGCCGAAGUCCACCGGGAUCCGAACUCCGUCGGGUGAGGAGCCGCAAGAGCGGUCCGGAAUGCGAAGCUGCUCGGGGUCGGGGGAUUCAAGCAAGGAUCCCGAAAUUGGCAGCAUUGCGGCGCGAGACGGAGACGUCGGAAAGGUGUCGCCUGAGCGGGAGCGACGGCCGCAGGGAUUGCAGCGGGAGGCUGCAAGUGCAGGGUCCGGCGACACAGAGACCACGAAGUCCGCCGACAUCCGAACUUCUUCGGGCGGGGUUUGUCGGCCAGGGAUUGUCGUGCCGUUGAGAAGGGCAGCGUGCACGGGGACGGAAGGGCGGUCCUCGAGAUUCAACACGGGUACCGCGGAAGGGGACAAAUUUUGUGGGAGGAAAGUAGCGGAGAAAAUGGAGGAACAGAAGGGAGCGCAAGAAGGGGAGAAAGAAGGGGAAGAAAAGGUGGAAGGGGAGGAAGCGGGAGAAACGGAGCUAAUUGAUUUGUUUGAAGGAAGGGAGGGUGCCGAGUCUGGAGAAGACAAAGUGGAACACAGUGAGGACGAUGCCGGAUCUGGAGAGUCGUGUGACGAGUUCGGACAACUGUACGGAGAGCAUCACGAGGAUGAUGUCGACGACGAUGCCACGACAAUAGAGAUGGAGACACAAGUGGUAAGCAGCCUUUCCGCAGAGCCUGAAGAUUAUGUGGUUCGGCCACUGAUGUCUGCUGUCGACUUGCAACACCGGUUCGACGAGGCUUCCAUCGCUAUCAGCCCGUCUGAAAAAAGUCGACAUAUAAGCAUCGACGAAGUUAUCGACGGUAUCCUAGGCGACCACAAUGUGUCUGGUCGUCCGUCCGCAACUGCCAACGUCGCAUCUUCCGUGGCAGCUGCCCUCGCGUCGUUGCCGCCGAAGUCUCUGGUGCUGCCAGCCACCCUUGCCGCCGAAGGGGAAGGCGAGUUCGGUGGAGGACAACAUGUGACGUCCCCAAAAAGAUCGAGGUUCGGCGGUCAAGCUCUCGACGUGCUCGCUUUGCCUGCGCCAAAUUCACCAUCGAAGGAGCGGAGAGAGAAACAGACUGGUAAGUCGUGAAGAACGCCUGCGCAUCCAGAUGUCGCCGGGUUACAGUCCGCACUAUACACACGACGACAGUCCACACUGUCUGUUUAUACGGGAAGUUCCGGAUGCC